UUUUUUAUAAACCAAUGCACAAAGUAAGCUGUCACUGUGUCCUGUUCACCAGUUUAGGAAAUUGGUUGGUGAGUUGAGUUUGUGAGAACAUACCAAAGAUGAGCAACAAAAAGGCAAAAAGGAGUGAAGACAUCUGCACACUGCACAGUGACGGCAUCCCUGCUGACACGCUCAAUAAGGUGAAAACUUACCUGAACCAGUUCACUUUGUCUCUGGAGGACCUACAGAAGGUUUCGGCUCGACUGGAACGAGAACUGAAGCGAGGCUUGGGCAAACACAGCCAUCACAAGGCAUCCGUCCAGAUGCUGCCCACUUUCGUCACGGCAACGCCAGACGGAACAGAAAAAGGCGACUUCUUGGCUUUAGAUCUCGGCGGGACAAACUUCCGGGUGCUCCAUGUACGAGUGGUGGAGGAGGAGCAGAAGAUGCUAAAGAUGGACAGUCAGAUCUGCGCCAUCCCUAAGGAGAUGAUGCUGGGAAGCGGUAAACAGUUGUUUGACCACAUCGCCACCUGUCUAGGUGAAUUUCUGGCCUCGAAGAAUCUGAAGGGGAGACGUCUCCCUCUCGGCUUCACCUUCUCCUUCCCCUGCGAUCAGAAGAAUAUCGACAAGUGUAUCUUGAUUCGUUGGACCAAAGGCUUCCAGUGCUCUGGAGUGGUUGGAGAAGAUGUGGUGGGGCUACUGAAAGAAGCCAUACACAGAAGAAAGGAUGAUGAGGAUAUCGGUUCCAUAGCUAUGGUAAACGACACUGUGGGCACCUUGAUGAGCUGCGGCUACAAGGACCAAAGCUGCGAGAUUGGCAUGAUCAUCGGCACGGGUACCAACGCGUGCUACAUGGAGGAGACUAAGAACGUGAAGCGCAUUGAGAGCUCGGACGGACGCAUGUGCAUCAACACCGAGUGGGGGGGCUUCGGAGAUAACGGCUCGCUGAAAGACAUCCAGACGGAGUUUGACGUCAUCGUAGACAAGACGUCCAUCAACCCCGGCAUCCACACCUUUGAGAAGAUGAUCAGCGGCAUGUAUUUGGGGGAGAUUGUACGUCUGCUGCUGGUGAAGAUGACUAAGGACCAUUUGCUGUUCAAGGGACAGACAUCGGAAGCGCUGUUGACACCGGACAGCUUUGAGACAAAAUACAUCUCGGACAUUGAAGAGGAGGACGUCGGCCUGGACAACGGAAGCAGAAUUCUGACCAAGUUGGGUCUGACAUGGGACCCGAUUGACGUCCGCGUGGUGCGUCUGGUCUGCGACGCCAUCUCCUCGCGCUCGGCCUGCCUCUGCGCCGCAGCCCUGGCGACCCUCGCCAACCGUAUUCGGGUCAACCGUGGCCUGGACCAACUCAAAACAACUGUGGGGAUUGAUGGGACAGUGUACAGAAAACACCCCAAUUUCAGUGAGGAGCUACAGGCCACAGUGAGCCUCCUGGCCCCCAAGUGUGACAUCACCUACCUUCUCUCGGAGGACGGCAGCGGGAAAGGCGCUGCCAUGGUAACGGCCGUGGCGCAGAGGCUAGCUCAACAGUCCCGACUGUUAGAGGACAGUGACGGCGAAGACAGCGACGAGGAGGACGAAGACUGAUGAGGGCAGACACGCAAAACACCUUGCACCACAUUAAAUAGGUUCAUUUCCAUCCAUCCAUUUUCUACCGCUUAUUCCCUUCGGGGUCACGCUGGAGCCUAUCUCAACUACAAUCGGGCGGAAGGCGGGGUACACCCUGGACAAGUCGCCACCUCAUCACAGGGCCAACACAGAUAGACAGACAACAUUCACACUCACAUUCACACACAAAGGUUCAUUUAUUUAAUAAUUUAAUGUAUUCUGUUUCUUCACGGUGGCAGAGGGGUUAGUGCAUCUGCCUCACAAUACGAAGGUCCUGAGUAGUCUUGGGUUCAAUCCCGGGCUCGGGAUCUUUCUGUGUGGAGUUUGCAUGUUCUCCCCGUGACUGCGUGGGUUCCCUCCGGGUACUCCGGCUUCCUCCCACCUCCAAAGACAUGCACCUGGGGAUAAGUUGAUUGGCAACACUAAAUUGGCCCUAGUGUGUGGAUGUGAGUGUGAAUGUUGUCUGUCUAUCUGUGUUGGCCCUGCGAUGAGGUGGCGACUUGUCCAGGGUGUACCCCGCCUUCCGCCCGAUUGUAGCUGAGAUAGGCUCCAGCGCCCCCCGCGACCCCAAAGGGAAUAAGCGGUAGAAAAUGGAUGGAUGGAUGUUUCAAAUUGGCUUGGAAUAAAGGAAAUUACGAAUCAAAGGACUAAAUUUACUUGUUUAUUUGUUUUGAGGAAAACAUUUGAAUGUAUUCAGAAAAACCACGGAUCAUUAAUAUAAUACAAUGAUUUGAAUAGGCUAUUUUUAUUUAUUCCAACCAAUAUUUUACUCAAUUCAAAGAAUAUCUGUCAAAGGGGGUAGAAAAAAACAUUAUCUUUUUAAACAUCCUUCUAAGGGAAAGUUUAGCUUUGUGGUGCAGGCUUUCGCCCCCUGCUGGCCUCAAAUGGUAACUGCAGCUUUAUGUGCAGUCUUAUCAAUUGGUGCCGCACAACCAUCCAUCCAUUCAUUUUCUUCCACUUAUCCGAGGUCGGUUUGCGGGGGCAGCAGCCUAAGUAGAGAAGCCCAGACUUCCCUCUCCCCAGCCAAUUCGUCCAGCUCCUCACAGGGGAUCCCGAGGCGUUCCCAGGCCAGCCGAGAGACUGAUUGAUUGAUUGGGACUUUUAUUAGUAGGUUGCACAGUGAAGUACAUAUUCCGUACAAUUGACCACUAAAUGGUAACACCCGAAUAAGUUUUUCAACUUGUUUAAGUCGGGGUCCACUUAAAUUGAUUCAUGAUACAGAUAUAUACUAUCAGAUAUAUACUAUCAUCAUAAUACAGUCAUCACACAAGAUCAUCACAUUGAAUUAUUUACAUUAUUUACAAUAAUAUAGUCUUCCCAACGUGUCCUGGGUCUUCCCCGUGGCCUCCUACCGGUCAGACGUGCUCUAAACACCUCGCCAGGAAGGCAUCCGGGUGGCAUCCUGACCAGAUGCUCGAACCACCUCAUGUGGCUCCUCUCGAUGUAGAGGAGCAGUGGCUUUACUUUGAGCUCCUCCCGGAUGAUAGAUCUUCUCACCCUAUCUCUAAGGGAGAGCCCCGCCACCUAAUUGAGGAAAGUCAUUUUGUACGCUUGUACCCGUUAUCGUGUCCUUUCGAUCAUAACCCAAAACUCAUGACCAUAGGUGAGGAUGGGAACGUAGAUCGAAAAAAAAAAUGUUUAUCAGUUUGAACAUCAAAUAUGUUGUCUUUGUAGCAUAUUCAACUGAAUGUGGGUUGAAAAUUAUUUGCAAAUCAUUGUAUUCCGUUUAUACUUACAUCUAACACAAUUUCCCAACUCAUAUGGAAACGGGGUUUGUAUAAAGCCGAUCCACGACCAGGACGAACACCACAAUGUUCCUCCUGAAUCUGAGGUUCGACUAUACGGCGUAGCCUCCUCUCCAGUACACCUGAAUAGACCUUACCGGGAAGGCUGAGGAAUGUGAUCCCACGAUAGUUGGAACAUACCCUCCGCUUCACCUUCUUUUAAAGAGGAACCACCACCUCGGUCUACCAAUCUACAGGUACCGCCCCCGAUGUCCAUGCGAUGUUGCAAAGUCUUGUCAACCAAGACAGCCCCACAGCAUCUAGAGCCUUAAGGAACUUCGGGCGGAUCUCAUUCAACCCCGGGGCCUUGCCACUGAGGAGCUUUUUAACUACAACGGUAACCUCAGCCCCAGAAAUAGGAGAGCCCACCAAUGAUUCCCCAGGCACUGCUUCCUCAUAGGAAGACGUGUUGGUGGGAUUGAGGAGGUCUUUGAAGGAUUCCCUCCACCGAUCCACAACAUCCGCAGUCGAGAUCAGCAGCACACCAUACACAAUGUUGACAGUGUACUGCUUCCCCUUCCUGAGGCGACGAAUGGUGGUAGGAUCGCUUCGAAGCCGUCCGGAAGUCAUUUUCCAUGGCUUCCCUGAACUCCUCUAAUGUACCAGUUUUUGCCUCCACGACCGCUGAAGCUGCACACCGCUUGGCCUGUCGGUACCUGUCCGCUGCCUCCGGAGUCCCAUGAGCCAAAAGGACCCGUUAGGACUCUUUCUUCAGCUUGACGGCAUCCCUCACCGCUAGUGUGUUCACAGCACUAAGAGUCACAAAAAGUAAAACACUCUUAAGGUCUUGUUUGAUUUCUGGAGGUUUCACUUCCUGCUUUUCCAGAAAAAUCUUCUCGAAAUGUGUUCUACUUUUCGAGGCUCCUCUGUAUACAAAACGGACUCUGUACUUUCACUCAUUUUGAACUCCAUAUUUAGUGCACUUGGAUUGCUUUUUACCACAUUUCAGGAACGGCUGGUACACCAUUUGCGUCACGACAUGAAUGUAACCUGGAUUUAUAAUAAAACAUUUAAAAAGUUGAAUAAAAGCCUUUUUCACAUGAAA